CUUUGUCACAGCUCCACCUGGGAGCACUUGACAGCAGCCCCAGAAACCUCUUGGAUAACAAAGCUGGACACUCUUCUUUGGACUUACAAUUCCUCCGUUUAGAACCACCUUCCACUUCAUACUUUUCCUCUGCAGACUUCUCUAUGUACUGCUCCCAGUUGUGAAGGCAGGUGUCUACGGUCAUCGACGUGAGGGCAACUGGCUUGUGGUGCAGGCUUGCAUCUCUUCAGCACUGAUGUCUGACUUCCCGUCAAAGGUUGCCACCGAAACCCAUGCUCCCCAUAGUCAGGGCACAACCGUCGGCGCCAUGAUUGACAUUGCAUUCCUCAAAAGCAUUCCGGCCAUCAUCACCUUGGCCAAUAUAUUACUGGGGCUCAUUCACUGGGCCUUGAUAGUCAGCACUCCAGCUGUGUACACGCCUCCCUACGGGUGGGUCCUGUUUGUGGCCAUCACGCUGUGGAUCCUCACCAUAGUGGUCUUCUUCGUCAUUCUGUUCGGGGUUUACAGGAGUCUGCCGUCAGUUCCCUGGAGUUUGGUGAUAAUGAUCUACUUUGCUGUGGCAACGGUUCUCUACCUCACCGCCUUUGUCACCAAUGCAGUAUAUGUGUUUCGGAUUAAUGAAUUGGGGGCAGCUGCUUUCUUUGCAGUGGUGGUGACGCUCCUGUACGGAGCCAGUACUUUCUUCGCUUACGUGAACUGGAGGAACGAAGGAGCAAACGCUGCCACCACUACUGUUCCCACCUGAACACAACUAACUCACAAUGAAGAGACUGUUUUUUGGAAGUUCACAACCACCGUGAUAAAAAUAAUCACACUGACCUUUAAUAAGUGGUGAAUUAAUUUAGGUAUAAUCCGUGAUGUUUAUUUACCAUAAUGUUUAUUUCUUUUGUAUUUGCCGCCAAAGGUUCGGUGUACACGGUGGGAGUACAUCUCCUGGUUCAAGCAACUGUCAGUCUGAUUCAUACAGCACUGUAAUAUUUGUACUUUAAAUAUUCAGUUGUCUGAAACUGUAUUAAUUCUCAGUUGAUCAUACAAAGGUGGAAUUGUUGUCAAAAAGUGUUUUAUAAAUAAAAUGAUCCCCGGCUCAGAUUCAGUUGUUAGUAAAAAGAAUAUAGAGGAUAGUUUUAACAACUCUUGAGUCAAAAAGACAAUUUAAUCAGUUUAUUGAAAAUUCCAUGGAAAAAAAUGACAAGUUCACAAAGAAUAUAAAUAGCCUAGACGCUCUUAACAAACACAUUCACCCACUGUGGUGAAAAACACUUUUACAGGCACUGAAGUUUGAGUUAACUUGAUGGUUAAUGAUGUUGGUGUCUAUGGAGAGGCAGUGAGGACACACAGAAACACAUUUACAUUUUGUAUUUUUUUUUCGUUAAAUUCACUGUAAAUGAUUCCUAAUGAAUGACUAUGUAAGAAUGAGACCUGAGGCCGUGUGUCAUUGCAAUGAGGAGGUGGAGCUGCUGUGUGUGGCGCUGGCAGGGAUCAGAGAUGUGACCACAAGUCCUGAGUCCAGACUACGACCUUCCUUCUCCUGGAAACAUAGUCAUCUUAUCAGGGAAGCUGUUUACAGAACAUAAAAUACAUUCAUAACUGGCCUCUGACCGGAAUGGUAAUUCCAUUAGCGAGAUUAUUAGAUUAUUAUAGACAUUUCUCUCUGAUAUGGGGAGUUCAGUUCUCUACCAGAGCAAGCAAAGUUCUCCUGAAUCAUCAGUGAAAAGGACUGCAGCAAAUAACAAAUUACUUUUGGAGUUUCUUCUCAUUUUUGUGCUCAAAGGUAAUAAUAAAAUUCAUAUAAAACAGGUGCUAAUUCAAUUGAAUUUCUUGACUCACGGCUCUGUAGUCCAGAAACAUUUCCUUAAAGGCCAUAAAGUCGGUGAAGGUCAGCAGCAUGUCAAAGAUGUCACUGGAAACUUGAUCUUUGUUUUGCCUGUUUAAAAAAAUAUACAUAUUACAAGAGUGCCACCAGGUGGUCAGUUGAGAAACGCCAGUCUCACAUUAAAAUCUGAAUGAAGGUGUUCAUGUUGAAGCCAGGAAUCCGUCUCACUAAUUGUGAUUCCAGAUGUUUCUCCAGAAGAUCCACCUGCAUAUAAAGUGCAUCCGUGUUUGUCACAAGUAGUUCAAUGAUUUCAGUUGAAAAAGAAAAAAAAAUCAUGACAGUAGCAACUGACAUGUUCAUUGAAAAUGGUAGUGUAACUGAGCUUGUUUUCUUCAGAGUCAUCAAACUCCAGGUAAUACUUCUCCAUGAAGGUCUGCUGCAGCAGGCGGAACUCCUCGUCUGCAAUGAAAUGUUCAGUUAGAAAAAUGUACAUUUUGAAUCAACAUAUAUGGGAGGUACAGUACAGAGAUCAGCUCACACGAACUGCUGAGCUACGGCUGUCGGGAGCAGGAAGUUAGACCAGGAUUGCA